GUAGCCUCGGAAUUUCCGCUGAAUCGCGCAAUUUUGUUUUCCCGAGUGACCGGGGAAGCGGGCACUGUUGUGGAUUCGAAGUAUUGUACUUUGAUUCGCGUUAAAAAUCGGUCUCGUGUUUUGGUGAAAUCAAAUACCUUAUGGACGGUUCGAACAAAGUCGCAGCCGAUAGCUGCGCAAGGAAGUCACCAGUCGUGGACAUGAUUGUCACGGUAACGUCGCCGGCUGGUGACGUAAGCUCUGCAGAUGAACUGUCUGAGAGCAUGUCCGACCGUGGCAACACCACUGCGGAAGUUUCUGAGAUUAGUUCUCCUCUGGAAACUAAUUUGGAUGAAGUUCCUAACGGAAGCAUCAUAGCAAACGGAUGCAUCAUGCCUAUGUUGCUUACUCAUGCUGAGAAUGCGUGGCGGGCUGUUGCUUUGUUCUUGAAAUUCUGUCGAUCAGGAUGA